CUGAUUUGAAACAUACACGUGCACACGCAAAGUUCAAAAUCAGAAAUUUGAUUUUUUGUUUUUGUUUAUUGAAAUUUUAAUCUUAUAAGAAAAAAAAAUGGCAACCAAAUCAUUUUUUGUAACAAAAAAUUUACCGGAAAAAUUUUUUAAAAAUAUUUCCAAAAAAUUUCCAAUGGAAAUGUGGCCAAAUUCAAAUGAAGAAAUACCAAGACAAAAAUUAUUGGAACGUGUUUCAGGAAAAUCUGGUCUACUUUGUACCCUAUCCGAUCGUAUUGAUCGACAACUGCUGGAUGCAGCAGGACCACAACUGAAAUGUAUAUCAACAUUAUCGGUUGGUUAUGAUCAUAUUGAUAUUGAUGAAUGUAAACGUCGUGGUAUUGUUGUUGGUAAUACACCUGAUGUUUUAACCGAUGCUGUUGCUGAAUUAACAAUUGCAUUAUUGCUGGCAACUAUAAGACGUUUAUUUGAAGCUAAUCAAGCACUUCGACAAGGAAAAUGGCCAGCUGGUUGGGGACAUUUUUUUAUGUGCGGUUCAAUGAUUAAAGGAAGCCAUAUUGGUGUUAUUGGUGGUAGUGGACGUAUUGGUCGUAGUGUUAUUAAACGUUUACGAUCAUUUGAACCGGCAAAAAUUUCCUAUACAUCACGUCAAGAAUAUCCGGAAAUGUUUCGGGAAUUCAAUGCGGAAUUCUAUCCAUUAGAUCGAUUAUUAAUCGAAUCAGACAUAAUAAUUGUUUGUUGUUCAUUAAAUGAUUCAACCCGGCGAUUAAUUAGUACGGAACAAUUUAAACGAAUGAAAUCAACAUCGGUUAUAAUUAAUACAAGUCGUGGUAGUUGUAUAGAUCAACAAGCAUUAUAUGAAGCAUUAAAAUCUAGGAAAAUUGCAGCAGCUGGCCUAGAUGUUUAUGAACAGGAACCAAUUUCAAUGGAUGAUCCAUUACUUUCAUUAGAUAAUGUUGUGUUAUUACCACAUAUUGGUAGUGCAGCACAAUCAACACGUGAACAAAUGAUACAAAUGGCAUUGGAUAAUUUGGAAGCCGGUUUAGAAGAUCGUCCAUUAUUGGCUUCCGUGUAACCGCAAUAACCCGUGGUAACCCGUAACUACGAUUAUGGAUUUGCUAGAAUUUUAAUAAAUUUUAAAUUUUUUUAAAAACUU